AUGGCCAUUGACAAACCAACCCGCCACGACAUUGAGCGGCAGAUGAACGUCUGGGCCGCGAUCCGCGAGUACGUCGUCGAGGUGCUGCCCUCCGGCCUCCCCGGUGUGCUGCGCACCGACAUGCCCGCCGGCACCUGGGAGUACGUCCUCUUCGAGCCCACCACCACCGCCCUGCACGCCGCCGCCGCCAUCACCCUGCAGGACAAGCAGCGCUUCCUCACCGUCAUCGCGGCCGACACGGCGCCGUACAAGGCCGUGGCCACCGCCGAGCACGACUUUGACGUGCUCGCCGAGGAGGUGCUCAUGACCCUGGACCUGACUGCGGAGCCUGAGCCUGCUGCUGCGGAAGGCGGUGGUUUUGUGGCGGCGAUGGAGACGAAGGAGACGGGCACGGCGACGCGCUGUAGGCUGGCGGUGACGGAGGGGAAGGGAGGGGAGAGGGCGGCGGGGGGGCAGGUCGGGGUGGAUGGGGAUAUGGCGGUGUAUGAUAGGAUCAAGACGGAGGAGGGCAUGCGGAGGAAGGGGCUGGGGAGGAUGGUGAUGGGUAGGUUGGGGGAGGAGGCGCGCAAGAGGGGGGCGAGGAUGGGUUGGCUGAUUGCGUCGCCGGAAGGACAGAAGCUGUAUACGACGCUGGGGUGGGAUGUGAGAUGCCAGGUGCUCAUUUUGGGUAACAAGGACAUAAUCAAGAACCCAUAG